AUGGGACCUGGAAGGGGAUUACACCUGCUGCUGACGGCCCUAGUGGUUAGUCUAAGCCUUAGUAAAAUUAAUGGUCAAACCACCUGCAAGAACGGCCUAGGCCGAGUGCUCUAUGAACGAUUGCCCAACCAGCAGCUCCAGGGCUACGACGAUGACGUGGUGCGGGAUACGGCGCCACCAUUCCGAGUGCUGGAAAAGUGCCAGGACCUAUGCCUGCGCGACCGAUCCGGCUCCAACAACCUGGUGCGCACGUGCACCAGCUUCGACUUCCAGCCAGGCAGUCGGAUCACCUCCUUUGGAGGCAACUCCGAGUACGAGGAGUCCCUGUGCUACUUGACAUCCGAGCAGGCGGGACCCGAGGGCAUCGGCAGCCUCAUGCUGGUGCCCAAUAGUGUACACUUUAACGAGAUCUGCCUGACUUCCAGUCGCCCGGAGAGGGAGUGCCCCAGCAGAAGAUACGUCUUUGAGAGGCAUCCCCGCAAGAAACUGAAGCUGCCCAUCAGUGAUAUUAAGGAGAUUACGGCUGCCAAUCGCUCGGACUGUGAGGAUAAGUGCCUGAAUGAGUUCUCCUUCGUCUGUCGAUCGGCCAACUUUGACUCCACCAUGCGCUCCUGCACGCUGAGCAGAUUCACCCGACGCACCCAUCCCGAGCUGAUGGAAGACGAUCCCAACUCCGAUUACCUGGAGAACACCUGCCUAAAUGCCGAGCGGCGAUGCGAUGGCCUGGCCGUUUUUGUCAAGGAGGAGAACAAGCGCCUGGGUGGCCCCUUCGAGGUGGACAUAUUCAACAACAUGACGCUGGAGGAGUGCCAGACCAUGUGCCUUCGGGCCGAGAAAUACUUCUGCCGAUCCGUGGAGUUUGACGACCAGAGCAAACAGUGCAUCCUCUCGGAGGAGGACUCCAUAUCGCAGAAGGAUGACAUUAGCAUCAGCUCCAGUCCCACACACCAUUUCUACGAUCUGGUGUGCCUCGAUAAUCAACGAGCCAACGAUUAUCCAGAUAACUCAGUCACCUCGCACCUCUUCUCCAGCGGCCGGCGGCCAGAUACAGCAUUCCAGCGGUACCGCAACUCCAGGCUGGGCGGUGAGUUUCACUCCGAGAUCACGGGCCGUUCGCUGAGCGAGUGCCUGGACGAGUGUCUUCGCCAGACGAGCUUCCAGUGCAGGUCUGCGGUGUACAGCGAUCGUUUUCGUACUUGUCGCCUGAGUCGGUACAAUCAAAAGGACGGCAUGCGCAUUAUAUACGAUGCUGAUUAUGAUUACUACGAGAAUCUAAUGUUGAAUGUGGUGGGCGGAGGCGCCGAUGGCGAUGGCAGUGGGCACGGUGGCAGCAACGAUGGCAAGCGACCCGGGGAUCAGUCGGGCAGCAACUGGAGACAGCCUAAUAAGCACGACGAUCGCUACGGGUCGGGUGGGUCAAGUGGCGGAGGAGGCUCGCAUGGCGGAACGGGUUCUGGUGGCUCAAGAUUGCCAGCGGGCGAGGGCGUCGACUAUGGCAGGCCAUACGAUCGUUAUCCGGACAUUGCGGGCAAUGAAUAUGAUCGAAAUCCGUAUGGCGGAGAUCGCGAUAGAGACCGCUAUCCACCAGAUCGCUAUGGAUCCCGGUACCCCACUGGAGGAGAUGGCAUUGGCUACAACAGACCCUAUGAUCGUUUCCCUGAUGAUUAUGAUCGGUAUCCAGCGGGUGCGGGUGUCAAUGGCGAAAGGGACCGAGACCGCGAUAGGGAUCGAGAACGCUACCCAGUAGCUGGUGACAGAGAUCGCUAUCCAGGCGCUGUAGAUAGAGAUAGGUACCCAGGAGUCAGGGAUAGAGAUCGCUAUCCCGAGCCUUACCCGCCGGAGCGCUAUGCGGACAGAUACGGAGAUCGACGGUAUCCGGAGCGGGAAAGAGAUCGCGAGCGUGAUAGGUUGCCCUACCGACCACUACCCUAUCCCGGAAUCAAUGACAACAGCCUGCCCAGUGAUUUGCCGCACACUCGACCCUAUCCCACCGACGACGAUGCUCCCUUCCGGCCCUACGGAUAUGGGGGCGGACGCUAUGGAGAAAACCGAUACGAAGGCCGAUACCCUUCUCGAUUCCCUCCCAGCCGGGAGCGGGAUCCCGUGGGCGGCUACACAGGCAGAGAUGCUCCCGACAGCAUAUUCCCGGACAGACGCUACCGCCCCUCGUCGAUGGACUCUCCUAGGUAUCCCUAUCUGCCAGACUCGCGGGGACCACCGGGAAGAUAUGAUGAUAUCGUGCAUAGUGCCAGGAGACCUGAACCCGACUCGGCCAAGCGAUAUCCGCCAGCGCCUAUUGCUCCAACGGGCAGCGCCAGCAAGUAUGCCUCCACCCCGAACCGGUUUCCGGUAGGCAACGAUCGGUAUCCCAUUGACAUCUACAAAUAUGGCAACCGCCCGGGACCCAAUGAUCUCGGCAGACGACCAGGUCUAGAGCGUCCACCACCUCCCUUCUACGAUUACGACUACGAGGAGCGGUAUGGCGAUAGAUACGGACCCUACGAUCGGGAGUACGAUGGACCGCCGGGAAGAAGGCCACCAAGUGGUGGUCCUUAUGGCCGCUACGACAGUCCCUUUAAUCGUCCCUAUGGUGGUAAUGGCCUAGACGAUCGUCCCCUUCCCCUGCCUGGUCUGGGUCUCGCGCAUCCACCCACUCCGUACGGAGGAGGUGGAGGAGGUCAUGUGGGUGUGGGCGUGAGUGUCAACUCGGGUCCCCCGCGGCCACCAAUCACCCGUUGCGAGGAGAGCGACAACUUUAAGCAAAUAGCCGCCAGGCACAAGAUGCGUCGCCACUUUGUGCGACGGGCUCUUAUCGUCCCCAGCCUCAUCCAGUGUGAGAGGGAGUGCAUCGAGUCGCGGGACUUUGUGUGCCGCAGCUUCAACUACAGAGACUCGGCUGCCUCCGGCUACGAGGACAGAGAUAGGGAUCGCGACCGGGACCGAGACUCACCGAACUGCGAGCUGAGCGACAGAGACUCGCGGGAGCUGGACAUCCACGAUCCGAGCACCUUCGACGCCUCCAACUAUGACUUCUACGAGCGCAGCAUUGGACGCAGCGAUGGCGAGUGCAUGGACGUCACGCAAACGUGUAACGAGGAAGGCAUGGAGUUCACGAUCCGCACGCCGGAGGGCUUUUUGGGACGUAUAUACACCUAUGGAUUCUACGAUCGCUGCUUCUUCCGUGGAAAUGGUGGCACGGUCAACGUACUGAGGCUCAGCGGACCACAGGGAUAUCCCGACUGUGGAACUCAGCGGUACGGCGAUACUUUGACCAACAUAGUGGUGGUUCAGUUCUCGGACAAUGUGCAAACCAGCAGGGAUAAGCGGUACAACCUCACCUGCAUCUUCCGUGGCCCUGGAGAGGCGGUGGUUAGCUCUGGUUACAUAGGAGCUGGCUCCGGCAGUCCAAUCCCCAUUGAAUAUCUACCGGCGGAGAACACUCUCAGUUCCAAGGUGCGCUUGAGUAUUCUGUACCAGGGCAGACCCACUACCACCAUUGCUGUGGGUGAUCCUCUGACCUUCCGGUUAGAGGCACAGGAUGGUUACAACCACGUUACCGACAUAUUUGCCACCAAUGUGGUGGCCAGGGAUCCCUAUUCCGGACGCAGUAUACAGCUAAUAGACCGCUUUGGAUGCCCCGUGGAUCCAUUUGUUUUCCCCGAACUAGACAAGCUGCGCGAUGGCGACACCUUGGAAGCCCGCUUUAAUGCCUUCAAGAUACCUGAGUCCAAUUUCUUGGUCUUCGAGGCCACCGUUCGCUCCUGUCGCGAAGGAUGUCAGCCAGCCUAUUGUCCUGGACCAGCGGGUCGUCAAGAGCCUUCCUUUGGUCGCCGAAGGCGAUCUCUAAACACCACCGAGAUACCCGAACCGGAGGCACUGGCUCUGGAGGGCAGCAGCCAACUGGAGGCAUCCACACUGGAUGAAGUCACCGUAGUGAACAGCACCACCGUGAGUGCCACACUGGGUCAGGCUCCUCUGAAUGAGACUCAAUCGGGCGAGAAGAGCAAGGAGACUGAGGAACCUGAGCAAGUGCGGGAAAUGAUUGAGGUCUUUGAAACCCGCGAGGAAAUUGAGAAGGAGUCGUAUCCCCGCAAGCUAGUGGCCCCGGUGGAAACAGUGUGCAUGACUCCGGCUGAGUAUCAUGGCCUAAUCACAGCCAUUAUCCUGUUAAUGAUCCUGCUAUUCAGCAUCACGCUGGUAGCGGGCCUGGGAUACAGACGCUACUGGAAAUCCAUCUCCAAGAACCGACUUGUGGACCGACACUCGCCGAUCCACUCGCUCGGACACUCCCAUUCGUCCAUACGCACCCAUGAGCGCUUCACAGAGAUCGGACACAUGCCCAACCUGAAUGGAGGAGGAGGUGGAGCAGGGGCAGGAACUGGGGGCGGAGCCAAUCAGAGCGCAUCGAAUCGGGCCUCAAACGCUUUUCGCACCAACAUGUCCAUGUUCGGCGGCUCAUUACACAAAACAUUUGCCACGGGCAACUUGGCGCGCAUGUGCCAGCUGCCAGUGAUAAAUCCCAUGCGUAGCACCAACCAGAGUAGCCACCAGUUCGAGGAUCCCAGCGAGCCCAUUUACACGGAUCCCUCGCUCUUCGAGCGUUCCAGAUCGCUGCGAAGUCUGACCAUGGUGGCCGAGUCCGAGGAUAAUCAGGAGGUCUGAGAUUCCAACUCCAAUCCUCCUGUGAUUAGUUGUAAAUAAGCUAAAGGUUUCUAACUCCAGUUAAUCAAAGACAACCCGACAAGUAAACACAUACGCUAGCCAAAUGCGUGGGGCCCUCGAACAUUCGAUGGUCCAUCAAGUAGCCUAAGCUAAGAAUCGCACCACUGACCAGUAUCCAAAUAUUAUGAUCUUAUGCUAUUUACCAUAAUUUAUCUAAGGCUAACAACAGAAAACACAAGCAAGUAAUUAUUCUCCCUACCAGCUAAGAUAUGAAACGCAAUAAAGCCUAAACUUAUCCAUAUCACCGCCGACUUUCGUUCUGCCCAGAGGAAUGCAAAGCUGGUCAUUAAUCAGCGUGCAGGAUUGCAGUUGCAGUGGCACAUUGAGCC